AUGGCCUCCUGCUCCAAUGAGAUCCUGGGCCUGAAGCUGCCAUCGGAGCCGGUGCUGAAUGCCAACACAGUCUGCCUGACCCUGCCCGGGCUGACGCGGCGGCAGCUGGAGGUGUGCGUGCGCCACCCUGACGUCACCGCCUCGGCCAUCCAGGGCAUCCAGAUCGCCAUCCACGAGUGCCAGCACCAGUUCCGGGACCAGCGCUGGAACUGCUCCAGCCUCGAGACCAAGAACAAGAUCCCCUACGAGAGCAUCAUCUUCAGCAGAGGUUUCCGAGCUGCGUUUCAUUUCCCUUUAAUAAGUGCCGGCGUGGUGCACGCCGUCUCCACCGCCUGCGCCCUCGGCAAGCUGCAGGCCUGCGGCUGCGACCAGAAGCGCCGCGGCGAUGAGGAGGCUUUUCGGCGCAAGCUGCACCGUCUCCAGCUGGAGGCCAUGAACCGCGGCAAAGGGAUGGUGCACGGGGUGCACAUGGAGCACAUGCCGGCCGAGACCCCCGGCCUCCAGGACUCCUGGGAAUGGGGAGGGUGCAGCCCCGACGUGGACUAUGGGGAGAAGUUUUCCAAGGAUUUCCUCGAUUCCCGGGAAACCUACAGGGACAUCCACUCCCGCAUGAGGCUGCACAACAACCGCGUGGGGCGGCAGGUGGUGAUGGACAACAUGAGGAGAAAGUGCAAAUGCCACGGCACCUCGGGGAGCUGCCAGCUGAAGACGUGCUGGCAGGUGACGCCCGAGUUUCGCCUGGUGGGGUCCCUGCUUAAGGACCGCUUCUAUGGGGCCACCCUCAUCCGGCCCCACAACCGCAACGCCGGGCAGCUGGAGCCAGGCCACGCUCGGCAUCGCCGCCGAGCCGGCAUCAGCGCGCUGGUUUACUUCGAGAAGUCAACCGACUUC